AUGAUUGGACAAGCACUUCAAGAUCCCUUUCUCAUUGUGAACAUAAUUUCACAUCUUCCCCUAUUCUAUCAACAUGUUUUGAAACGAGUUUCUAAAACUUUCUAUCAAAUCAUUCAAAACGAUCAUCAUGAUCACAUCAUGGAAAAUUAUUACAAUUGUUCAUCACUCGAAAUGCAUGAUUUAAAACUUGUGGAAUUAAAUGAUUAUUUUAAAUUCAAGUUACAUUUCAAAAUGCAAUAUCCCAUUCAAGUUGCGACCUUGUUGAAGAAAAUGUAUUAUUUGGAUGAUCACGAAUUGAAAUGGAUGGAUAAAUAUAGAAAGGUGGGAAAAUAUCAAUUCAUUUUGAAUGAUGGACAUUGUUUGAGUAUUCAUUUAACACUUGUUGGAUGUGACCAUGUCACUUGUCAAUAUUUGCACGAAUUGGAAAACCAAUUCAGAGACCAUUCUAUCGAAAGUGUGAAUUGCUUAUUUUCUCAAAUAGAUUUUUCUGAUGCAUGGCAAUACGAUGUUUCAUGUCAUUGUUAUCAAACUUCAGUUUCACAUCAAAUUUCACGACGAGUUUCACUUUUUCGCAAUAAUGAGCAAGUUGAAAUUUGCAUUAACAAGAAAUCACCCAAAAUCAAAUCCUUGGAAGGGUUUAAUGCAUAUUUCAAAAAGUGUGCAACAAAUUUAGGAAUUUGUGUGUCAUUGCUUCCAAAAGCUGCAACCAUUUCACAUCAAUUAUUUACAUCCAAUGGUGAAUUGGAUUGGAAUCAAGCUCUAUUUGUAUUUAGAAACAAACUCAUUAGUACUUGUGAACCUACCCUAUUAGCUCCUAGCUUGAAUCCUUAUCAAAAACAUGAAAUAUGUACAGUUUAUUCCUUUCUCUUUAAUCCUGUGAAAAAACUUGCCUUAGACACUUAUUUAAGGACAACAAAACCACAAUUAUUUAUUAAGGAAUAUCAAAAUUUUCUUCAACAUGAUCUGGUUCAUCAAUGCCAACAUCGAUUUCAAGAGCUCCUCGAAAUUGCAAAGGAAAAUGAACAUGAAGUUCACUUUAUUCUCUCCAAACAAUUUUCAACAACCCCUCUUUACAUUUUAGAAGAACUUGACGCAUUGACACUUUCCAAACACAAAGAACUUUGUAAACAACUCAAUGUGGUUCAACCAAAAAUUGCAUCCAAAAGAAAUAACAAGCAGAAAAUGCAACAGAAAAAAGAGAUCAAUUCCACCACUCAUCAAGAAACAGACUUGUCUAUUUAUUCUUUUAAGAAAUUUCAACUUUUUCAUUGGAGAAAUGAUUUACUUUUAAAAGCGUUGAGUAUCUCAGAAGAGGAAUUUCACACUUUGAAACAAAAUCAACUCUUGAAACAUUCAAAAAGACAGCAUGAGGAAGAUUCAAAUAUAAUUAUUGUAGAUACUUCUCGUGGAAAAAAGAAAAAUUCUUCUUCAUCUUUUAAAAACAGUUUCAAGCGAGUGGACAUCCUCACGUUGGGAGAUUUCAAUCUUGCAACUUGCAAAGAUUAUUAUUACAACGAUUAUUAUUGUACGCAGCCAUUUGAUGAAGAGGAUAAUGACUUGUAG